GCAAGCGUGGAGUUUAUGCGGAGAGAGAGUUAAAAAUACUGGAGCAGCUGCCGGAGCCGGGAACUGGGAGGGGUCUCCGUAGCAGCCCCCGCGGUGGUUCCUGUUCUCGCCGCUGCGCUUUUGUACCAGGCAUCUCCCGUCGCCUCCUGCUCUCGCCAGCCGCACAGAGGACACCGCCCGGAUCGCGAGGAGAAGUUCUGCUUAGGGGGCGACAAUGCGUGAAUACAAUGAAAACAAGGAGACAUGUGGGACCAUCUGCCUCAAAUAUCUUCUCUUCAUCUUCAACUUCUUUUUUUGGCUGGCAGGUGGUGCUGUGAUGGCAGUAGGCAUUUGGACACUGAUAGAAAAGAGUGACUACAUUAGCCUUCUGCAGUCCAAUACCUACAUGGCAACAGCCUACAUCCUGGUGGUGGCAGGAGUCGUUGUCAUGAUCACCGGCAUCUUAGGCUGCUGUGCCACAUUCAGAGAGCAGCGGAACCUGCUGAGAGUGUAUUUUAUAUUGCUGCUGUGCAUCUUUCUCCUUGAAAUAAUCGCUGGAAUCCUGGCCUACAUCUAUUACCAGCAGUUCUUUCCUGUGAGCCUGCAGCUGAGUAUGGAGUUGAAACAAAACCUGAAGGACACCAUGACCCAGAAGUACCGAAAGCCAGGAGAAGAAAGUGUGACAAAUGCCGUAGACAAACUGCAGCAGGAGUUUAAGUGCUGUGGCAGCCAUAAUGCUUCAGAUUGGAGUGAUAGUGACUGGAUCAAAUCCCCUGAUGCUUCAAUGCGAAAGUUUCCUGACAGUUGCUGCAAGACCCCUACAGACUUGUGUGGUCGAAGAGAUCAUCCUUCAAAUAUCUAUAAAGAGGGUGGCUGCAUCACUAAACUGGAAAACUUUAUCCAAGAACACCUGAAAAUUAUCGGAGCAGUAGGAAUUGGCAUUGCUUGUGUACAGAUAUUUGGGAUGAUCUUCACUUGCUGCUUGUACAGGAGCUUGAAAUCAGAACCUUACUAGGAGCAAAAGCCACCCACCCGCUCAGCUCCCAUCACCCUCCAGCUCACCACCCGUCUUCUGCCGAGCAGCACAAAAACAACUCUGCAAGGAUUUUUGCUGCUUAAUGAAAUGAUUCUUGGUGCCUCUGCCAGGUCUUUGUGAUGCUGCAGAGGAUUCCCAGGGAUCACUCAGUCUCUUUUUGUGGUCCAAAAGCCAUGUAGCUGCAGAUUAUUUUUCUGCAAAAUGCCCCCAGCCUGUUAAAACCUGGCCCACUAUGCAAUCUGAAAGAGAAAUCAUCAAUGCUGUUGAGGGCCCAGUGCCUCCCACAUUUCCUUUUCUGCUUUUUUAAUCAGCAGGGUGGUUCUCUUUGAGGGGGUGACAACUGGCCACAAGAAUUCAUGAUGCGUGUUGCAGAUCAGGAGCUCAAUUCUCUCUUUAUUAUAGAAGAACAGGCUCUGUGGCCAUGUAGAGGUUCUGAUGGCAGCUGUCUCUCAUCCAAGAAGGUCUCUGUCUCUGCCAACUGCUGCCCUUCUGGGUGUGCUCUCCUCUUGUUUGCCUUAUGGACAGACCAGGUUACCCAUAUCAGUCUGCUGCUUCUUUCACAGUGCCUCUCUCUCUAGGCUGGCGGCCAGUGGUGGGAUUCAAAUAAUUUAACAACUGGUUGUUUACAAGUCCCAUUUUAGCAACCAAUUCAGCCAAAGUGGUGCAAACCUGCUGAGUCCCACCUCCGCUGGAGGCCCUUCUGAAGAUGAGUGAGCUCUUGUGCCUUUCAAGUCCAUCAAUGAAGGACGUUCUGUUCCCUACUUUGAAUCCAUGAUUGCGGGGAGUGUUAACUUUAGGCCUUUCACUUAAAAUGAGUCCCAGUAUCUAGAAUGCUGUCAAGGUAACUCCAUUUGUAGAAUGGAGCAGACUUUUAUUCAUAUGAAUUGGCCUCUUUCUCUGAAUGACAGUUCAUUUAGUGGGAGAGAAAAUGCAUUGGGAGCUUUAUAUCAGUCCUUUUAGUUUCAAUAACUGUUGGGCACUAUCUGGCUGAAGUAGAUAUGGAACCAAUCACUUGCAUGCUCUCAUUAAUUUCCAAGUAUGAACAAUGGGGAAAAGAGUUGGAUGUAAGAAAUUGGCAGUGAGGCCUUAAGCAAACUGGAGAGCCUGGUAUCUCUUUCUAUCUGCAAUGACUCCAUCUUCUUAGAAAUGUCCUAGUUGUAGCUUCCAGUCAUUGGAUUGGCUAGCUUGCCCAAUAACAGAGGAGGUCAUCUAAAGAUUGUCAUGAGCUACUUCCCCUUUCUAAGGUAUCCUUAGGUAAGCCUGAAUAUAUUUUGCUCAUUUCACAGGCUUGUCUAUUGUACUGCUGCCACCUGUGUCUGAUAUCAGUCAUGGUGAUCUUUAGUUAACACUUUCCCCCUUUCAUGUAUUCAGCGUAUCAGCUGUCAUGUGCCCUGCGUGUGGGCAAGGGCCAUAUCUAAGUAGCAGAUCACAUACUUUACAUGCAUUAGGUACAAAGCUCAAUCACCAGUUAAAAGAAUCAAGAGAUAGGAAAGAUCUCUAUCUUGAGACACUAAAGAGCUCCUUCCAGACAAUAUAGGCAGCGCUGAACUAGAUGGACCAAUAGUUUGACUGUAUAAAUCAGCUUUGUAUAUCCUGUUGCUAUAUUGGUUUCUGAUAAAGCGUGUGCAGUGCAUCUGCCUAGACUUUUAAAAAUGUUUGCUAUCUUUAAUUCACUGAUCUGGUGCCACAAGAAAUUACAAUGCUUUCCGAAGGCUAGCCCCAUACAAAUUGACAUGUGGUCAAGUACCCUACACAAAUUCCCAGAUAACUUUUGAAGGGGUUUGUAUUGAUUUUCCACAGCUGAAGUGGAGACUGAAGAAAAUAUAUCUUUCUUUAAAAAUCUUAAUUGAAUUACUGCCAUCUUUAGUUCUGUAUGGGUUCUGGCAGACAACAACUUUCACUCCUUAGAAUUUCUACUGAGCAAGUUGUCCCUUCAUGGAGUAUGACAGGAGGGAGUGGGUCCCUGGCUUCAGCCAGGAUGUUACAAGGUGCUGCUAUGUUCAUUCAGCAGCUGGAGAGGUAGAAAGGGUGUCUGUGUCUUUACUGUCAACGUGAAAAAUUGUUCAUUCAAAGAGAAACAUUUUGCAGUGUUCUCAGUACACAGAUAGAAAGUUAUUUAAACUACUGCAGAACAUGUUACUAAAUCUGCUCUUGAGUCAUAUACUGAAGUUUAUUCCCUGAAAAGCUAUUAACCAAAAAAGAAACUACUGACUACUGUUGCUUGAAACACUAUUUCAGUCUACUGAAGUGUACAUAUAUAUGGCUUGUUUUCUCUUUUUGGAAGGUGUAUUGUGCCAUGCUCCGAGAGACCCAGAUAUGCUAUUUAGCAGUCUUUGUCUCUCUUCAGUUUUCCUCAUAUAACAGUGCUUUAAUCUCAGUGUAUGUUGCUGGCCAAUAAAGCUAAUAUGUCUGUA